AUGGCUGGAUAUGAUAGUAAACCAAAGUUGCUGACGGUACUGAUCAACAAAGAUACACUGGUUUCACCACGAAGAAGAAUACCCUAUGGUGCUUCAUUGUCUUUUGUAUUAGAACCAUAUUUAACACAACAAAUGAUUACAUAUGGUGCUGCUAAUAGUGUCACCGAAGGUCUAACGUUAUUUCAUCUAUGUUUAACGACAUAUUAUAUUUUUUUAUUUAAACUCACGCAAGAAACAGAUCUAUGUAUUGGAAGUAUUGCAGCAGCUAAAAGAGACGAAAAUUCAGAACUACAACAGGUUAUCGGAUUGUUGGAUAGUGCUUUAUUUUAUCGUUUUAAAAUUGACCCCACACAAAAGUUUGCUCAGCAAUUACUAAAUGUUAAAGAUUUGUGUUCAAAUAUUCAUCAAAAUUCAACUCUACCAUAUGAACAAAUUAUUGACAGCUGUUAUAUUAGUAAUCAACAACAAAUGCAACUACUUCGGAAUAUGUUUAUUUUUAAAGUUAUUGACAAUAAUUCAACAUUGUUUACUCGAGUACCCAAAGAUGAUGCUGACACCUACUUAGCAAAAUACGACUUAACACUCAACGUUCACUAUGACAAAACUAACGAAGAACAUUCGCUAUCAUAUUCCUUUCAAUAUGCAACAGAUCUAUUUCAACAUAGCACAAUCCAAACAAUGUCCGAUCGUUUUCAUGCUCUUCUGCAACAACUAUUCUCAUCAACAUUUCAUCGCGAGAAGCAACCGAUUUAUGAACUAUCAAUUCUGCUUCCGCACGAAAUACAAAUAUAUAACGAAUUAAAUGAUACUCACGUUGAAUUCACUUGUCCUCUGAAACCGAUACAUGAAGAAUUCUUUGAUCGCGCUAAGGAAUAUUCACAAAAGCUUGCCGUUAUCUUGGAUGAACAGUCUCUCACAUAUGGAGAAACCUUGCACUAUGUAGAACAGCUGUCAUCGUAUCUUAUCCGUGAAUGUGAUGUGAAAGUCGGAGACAUAAUCUGUCAAUGUGUUGAAAGAUCGAUUGAAAUGGUUCUUGGUAUCCUAGCAAUCUUAGCGUGUGGUGCUGUCUACUGUCCACUGAAUCCACAGGAUCCUAUAAACCGUGUUUCUCUGCUAAUGAAUGAAGUACAAGCUAAAUUAUUACUCUUACAUCAGAAAACAAGUGAUUUGUUUUUUAACUGUGACCAACAACAUAUUGCUUUAGUCAAUAUAGACACCACUGUUCUGGAACAACAUACGAAAUACUUUGAAUCGUACACUCAGGAUAUACCAACAGUGAAUCUAACAAUGUCGAAUAUUUCAUAUAUUAUUUUUACGUCAGGCUCAACCGGAAUUCCAAAACCGACUUCCAUUAGCCACGAGAAUUUUGUAACAGCAAUGAAAUCCUUCGUUCAAGCUCGUAUAAUUUCUAGUGCUGACUGUGUUCUACAAGUUACCUCGUCAUCGUUCGAUAUGCAUGCUCUGGAAUUAAUUGGCGCUCAUAGUCUCGGCAGCAGUUUAAUCAUGUUAAAGCCCAAUGGUACAAGAGAUACACAGUAUUUCAUUGAAACUGUACAGAGUCACAAUGCAACAUUUAUAUUGCUCGUGCCCAGUCUCAUAUCAAUAAUACAUGAGCAUCACAUGAAUAACAAAGACCACGGACAAGAAAAUUGUCCAUUUGGGAGUGUUGGAACUCUUGUUACAGGAGGUUAG